AUGACCCGGGCUUUGCUUCCCGGAGAAGCAGGAAAUUGCCAUCCAAAGGCAGCGCUGGGGGCGUUGCAGAAGCGCUCUUGGGAAACGUGCGCGCAGAGGAACGGCUGCAAAGCGCCGAGGAAAGACAUUCUCAAAGCAGACUUGAUGUCUUCGCUGGAAAGAGAAGAACCAAUUCGCCCGGCCUCUGGGGAAGGUGAGAGAUUGGCAGAUGAUGGGCGGAAUAAUGGGAAUUCUAAGGAGACAUCUAUGCUAUCGUCAGAAACUCCUACAGCUGAAGAAGGAAAAGAGAUGGUUGCAGGUGAAAGUGAACCUAAAAAGCAUGGAGAAGAGAAAUCCUCACCUUCUCUGGAGGUUAAUGUCCAUGAACCCCAAAUCCUGCAGGAAGACGGACAAGGAAACAGCCAGAAAAUUUGUCCCAUGUGUGGGAAGAUAUUUAGAUACGAAUCAAACUUAAAUAGGCAUUGCAGAAGCCACACGGGAGAGAAACCAUUUAAGUGCACGGAGUGUGGAAAGAGCUUGAGCUCAAGUUGGAGCCUUCUUACACAUAUAAGAACCCACACUGGGGUGAAACCAUUCAAAUGUGUGGACUGUGGGAAGAGUUUCAGUGAGAGCAGUACCCUCCUUACACAUACGAGAACACACACUGGGGAGAAACCCUUUAAAUGCAGAGAAUGUGGGAAAACCUUCAGUAGGAACACUCACCUUACUUCCCACCAGAGAACUCACACGGGGGAGAAACCUUUUAAAUGCAUGGAGUGUGGAAAGAGCUAUACUGUUAGUAGUGGCCUUGCUCAACAUCAGAGAACCCACACAGGAGAAAAACCAUUUAAAUGUACAGAGUGCGGAAAGAGCUUCCGACAGCCCAGCCACCUUACAAUACAUUACAGAACACACACAGGGGAGAAGCCGUUGAAAUGCGUGGCCUGCGGGAAGAGAUUCAGCCAGCUCAUAAACCUGACUUCCCAUCAGAGAAUACACACAGGGGAGAAACCCUUUCAGUGCAUGGAAUGCGGGAAGAGGUUCACUGAUAGUAGCGGCCUUGCUCAACAUCAGAGAACUCACACAGGGGAGAAGCCCUUUAAAUGUACAGAGUGCGGGAAAAGCUUCCAGCGUCCCAGCCGCCUUACUCUACAUUACAGAACCCACAGCGGGGAGAAGCCGUUUAAAUGCCUGGAAUGUGGGAAGAGCUUCACCCAGCUCGGUCACCUUACUCUACAUCAGACAACCCACACACGGGAGAAGCCAUUUGAGUGUACGAAAUGUGGGAAGAGCUUCAGGAAGAAUGGAAGCCUUGCUUUACAUCAGCAGACGCACACAGGAGGAACCAUUUAGUUGCAUGGAAUGUGCGGAAAACUACUGUAAGCUCGCCCAGAUUACCUUACAUUACGUUACAGAACACACUGGGGAGAGACCAUUUGGAAACAGGGAAUGUGGGGAAACGUUUAUUUACAGGAAUAGACCAUACAAUAACAUACACUGGACACAGGUAGGUAGCCGUGUUGGUCUGCCGUACUCAAAACAAAAUAAGAAAAUUCCUUCCAGUAGCACCUUAGAGAACAACUAAGUUUGUCAUUGGUAUGAGCUUCCGUGUCUGAAGAAGUGUGCAUGCACACGAAAGCUCAUACCAAUGACAAACUUAGUUGGUCUCUAAGGUGCUACUGGAAGGAAUUUUUUUGUUUCGACACACUGGAGAGGAACCCUUUAAAUCAGGCACCCCCAAACUUCGGCCCUCCAGGUGUUUUGGACUACAAUUCCCAUUUUCCCUGACCACUGGUCCUGUUAGCUAGGGAUCAUGGGAGUUGUAGGCCAAAACAUCACUUGGGUGUUGUCCCAAGUGAAUCUCCAGCCCCCGUCUCUCCCACUUCCUCACUCCUCCUCAUCACCUCCUCUACGGGUGCCCCUAAGUGCCCUCUGUCUUUGAGCUCUUUGCUCUCCUACUUUUAAGGCUCGCCGGGUUCUGGGAGAUGGUGGGUCUGGAAUGCUUUCUAGUGGCAACUGGUCACCCAGCUGCUGCUCUGCCUCUCCCAUCAUUUCCCAACUUUUCCCCUCAUCUGCCUCCAAGCUGUGACCUCCCUCAAACCCCUGUUGUAAAUCUAAACUGUUCCUCCUCCCUGAAAGGGUCAAGAUGGGGAGGUGGUCUUCACCACUCCUCCUACUCCUCAGCCAGGACCGACACCACCUCCUUCCCAAACUUUAGUAAGCACUUCCCCAGUUUAGGGAAGGAGAUGGGAGACUUCUAGCACCCUGCCAGAGCCUCUCCUCUCCUUCCCAAAGCCCAGCACUUCCUUUCCCCAGCUUUCGGAAUGCUCUGCAAGUGGGAGGUGCAUCAAAUUUUGGCCUCCCUGCCCCAAUGUGACAAGGCAGUGGGGGGGCCCUGUGGGUUGUGUUAAAGUACUUUUGCGGGAGACGAAGAAAGAGGUGGAAACAAGGCCGUUUGGGGGUUUAUCACAGCUGAUGCUGCCACAAUGCACCGGUGGGGAUGAGAGGAAUAUGAUCUAUACAAAUCUGAGUGCAUAGGUAUAGGAUAGAUACCUGGGGCAUCACCUUUUCUCCCAUUUUCCUUUAUGCUAAGUUUGCUUCAGGAUGCUUGACCUACAAAGGAGAUAGAAACCCUAGACCAGAGCUUUCCAAACUAAAGGGGUUAGUUACAGGUAGGUAGCCGUGUUGGUCUGCUGUAGUCGAAACAAAAUAAGAAAAUUCCUUCCAGUAGCACCUUAGAGACCAACUAAGUUUGUCAUUGGUAUGAGCUUCCGUGUGCAUGCAGACUUCUUCAGACAUGGAAGCUCAAACCAAUGACAAACUUUGUUGUUCUCUAAGGUGCUACUGGAAGGAAUUGUUUUAAAGGGGUUAGUUUAACCUCCGGUUUGCUUGUAAAACUGAAUCACUGUGUUGCGAAACGAUGCAUGUCCAAAAAGUGUGUCGCCAACAUGAAAAGAGCUCUGCCCUAGAUCUUACUGACGUAGACUUUGUUUGGAUAAAUAACAGUGUUUGGAAUGAGUUUAUACUCAUAAAUAAAAUGUAAUUGACUGUUAAUAUUUACAUAUGUAUUAGGAUAGUAAUAUCAAAUUUAUAAAAGAAAGUAUGGGUCAGGGUGCUCUUUGUAUAUUGUAUAUGGAGGGGGGGGGUUCCUACCCAUUUUUGUGCUUUUUUAUUUUUCUUCUCUUUUUCUUUGCAUCACUUUAUUCCUUUAGAAUCGAAACCUUUUCAAUAA